GAAUCGUGUUGAGGGCGGUGUAUAAAAACAAUAUUCGCUGCUGACUGAUGUUUUGUCCUACGAAGAAAUUGGUUAUAAUAUUAAUAAGUGAUGAUAAUGGAAGUUAAUUUGACUGUUCUGUUGAGGCUGUUGGUGACUGCUUUGUCAGUGGUUAUCUUUUUGUCUUGGACUGUUUGUGGCCUUGACAAUGGUCUUGCUCUUACUCCUCCGAUGGGCUGGUUGUCGUGGGGAAAAUUCAGAUGCAAAACAGAUUGCAGAAAAGAUCCAAGAAAUUGUCUAAGUGAGAAACUCUUCCAAGAAAUGGCGGAUACUCUAAUCUCCGAUGGUUACAAAGCCGCAGGGUAUGAAUAUAUAAACAUUGACGAUUGCUGGAUGUCUCGUAUGCGAGAUCGGGAGCAAAGGCUAUUCCCAGAUCCGCAACGAUUUCCUAAUGGAAUACAAGGCAUUGCAAAUUAUGUGCAUGAUCGUGGAUUGAAACUCGGUAUUUACAACACAUUUGGAAAAACUACCUGUAUGGGAUUUCCAGGGAGUCAGGGCUUCUUGGAACUGGAUGCCAAAACAUUUGCAGAGUGGCAAGUGGAUAUGCUAAAGAUGGAUGGUUGUUUCACACCUACCCAUCUUAUCCCAGAUGGGUAUAUGGAUAUGCAUAGGUUCUUGAAUGCUACAGGAAGACACAUUCUAUAUUCUUGUAGCUGGCCUUUCUAUCUAAGAGCUGAUGGAAAACAUCCUAACUAUAACCACAUUGCAAAAUAUUGCAAUAUUUGGCGCAACUCAAUGGAUAUUGAGGAUUCGUGGGAAAGCGUUCUGAAGAUAAUCGAUGACUUUGCUGCACAUCAGGAUGCACACAUACCGGCUGCUGGUCCCGGCCACUUCCAUGAUCCUGACAUGUUGGUUGUUGGCGGGUCUGGAUUGGAUUUGGCACAGAGCCAGACGCAGUUUGCAUUGUGGGCGAUCCUGGCAGCGCCUCUUCUGAUGGGUAAUGACUUACGGAGUGUUAAACCAGAGUUCCGCGAUGUUCUACUUAACACGGAUGUAAUAGCUGUUAAUCAAGAUCCGCUGGGAAGGAUGGGUCAGAAAAUAUUUACGGAUUCCGUUCGACGUGUGGAAGGUUGGAAACGGGAAUUAACCAAUGAAAAAUAUGCAAUUGUGUAUUUCAAUCGCAACACAAAAGAAGAAACUCUUUACAAGACCUCACUCACAGCAAUGCGAUUGCCACGGAACCAUACAUAUGAUCUUCGGGAUUUAUUUUUGAAGAAACAUUUUGGACAUUUCAAGGUCGAGGAGGAGUUUAAGAUUUCGAUCCCACCAAAUGGCGUCAGAAUGUUCAAAACUUCAUCCUGUUCACUUCCAAAGAAUUUUGUUCACGAUGGCUUGUAAUUUAAGUGGGUGGACACUUCUGUAUUUAUCUGUCAGAUUAAACAGACAAUAUCUAGGAAGAAUUUGAUAUCACUUGCAUAGGCUUGUGUCAGACUUGAUCGUACAAACCUUGUUUUUUUCUGUCUGUCAGACACUGAUCUACUGCAGAUCAGUGGCUUUCGGACCCCAUUGGAAAUAAGUCUGGUUUACAAGCACUAGACUUACAGGUCAUCCAAGCAUUCAAAUAAAUACAUCUCACUACAUAUUUUUGAUGUAUUUUCUCAUAAUUUUAAUGUAAUAUGUGACAUUGAAUUGAAUGCGAAAUAAAUUAAAUCAAAUUAAAUCUAAGGGUAUUGAAAUUUAGGGGGGAGUGGCGGGGAAAGAUGGGAGUGUGAAGGUGAGGGGUUGCUAGCUUUCAAAAUAAGGGGGUAUAGUGUGAGAUGAUUUUAUAAGUAGGCCUACUUGAAUAUAUUUUUUUUGCUUCAAAGGUUUCCAAUAGGGGGCACAUGCUCUUUUGUGGAAGACGUGCAUUCUCCCCCAUCCCCUUCCCUCUAAGCAAAAUGCACAAGCAAAGGACUGAAACCUCGUCCUCAAAGUUGGGAAAAUUAAUAUAGAAUCUGCAUAUUUUAAAUGUAUAAAUUAUUAUUUUAAUGUAAUCUAACUAGGCAAUAUUCACUGGUGCUUUCAUGUAUGUAUCUUCAAAAUGGCCACAAGGGUGUCCCCAUCCCAGGGUUAGAUGUACAAAAUAAAACAGUAUAUUUUUUAAUAAAAUUAAACUACGUCCAGAUUUAUUUGGGUUAAAAUCAAAGCAUGUGAUGAAUGGAAGUUAAUUGCUUAUAUUUUAAGUUAAGUCAUUAGCUUUUAACUGAAACGAAUAAUUAAGACCAUUAGCUAUAUGUUUGUGUA